AUGAGAACCGCGCUCAUCGCCCCCGCCCGCCGCGCCACCCCCAUAGCAGCCCGCGGGGCUGCCGGCGCCUCCGCCCGCCUCCGGGAGCCCGGGCCCGCCCUCUCCACCGGGCCCCCUCCUCCUGCCCAGCACGUGGCACUCCCUGAAAUUAUCCGACUGAGUCGCCAGCUUUUGACUGUCCGCCUACCCCACAGACCCUCUGCCCCACGGGAGAUUUGCGGGGGCGCGCGAGACCCGAAGGCGCGAGAUUUGCGGGGGCGCGCGAGAGUUGAGGGGCCCGUGGGGUUGCGAGACAGGUGGGAACCUGCGAGACCCCAGGGGCGUGAGGCGCACCGAAGGGUCGCGAGGUUUGAGUGGGCGCGCGAGAUCCGAAGGGUGACAGAGACCCAGGCUGCUCGAGGGGUCGCGAGAUUUGAGGGGGGCGCGAGAUUUGAAGGGUGUCAUAGACCCGAGCGGCAUGAGGGGGCGCGCGAGACCGGAGGGGCGUCAAAAACUCGGGCGCUCAAGGGGUCGCGAUAUUUGCGGGGGCGCGCGAGAACCGAGGGCGCGAGAGUUGAGGGGCCCGUGGGGUUGCGAAACAGGUUGGCGCUGUAUGUGUAUGAGUACCUGCUGCAUGUCGGUGCCCAGAAGUCCGCCCAGACCUUUCUGUCCGAGAUCCGAUGGGAGAAGAACAUCACGCUGGGGGAGCCCCCGGGGUUCCUGCACUCCUGGUGGUGCGUGUUCUGGGACCUGUACUGCGCGGCGCCCGACCGCAGAGAGGCGUGUGAGCACUCGAGUGAGGCGAAGGCCUUCCAGGACUACAGUGCAGCAGCGGCCCCCAGCCCAGUGAUGGGGAGCAUGGCCCCCAAUGAUGCAAUGGCUGCAGGCCCCAUGGCAACCAGCUUCUUCCAGCCCUUCAUGUCACCGCGGUUCCCAGGGGGCCCCCGGCCCACCCUGCGGAUGCCGAGUCAGCCUCCCAUGGGCCUCCCGGGCUCCCAGCCCCUCCUCCCUGGCGCCAUGGACCCCUCCCCGCGUGCUCAGGGGCAUCCAAGCCUGGGCGGCCCGAUGCAGAGGGUGACGCCUCCACGGGGGCUGGCCAGCGUCGGGCCCCAGAGCUAUGGGGGUGGCAUGCGGCCCCCGCCCAAUUCCCUCGCUGGCCCAGGCCUGCCUGCCAUGAACAUGGGCCCAGGAGUACGGGGCCCAUGGGCCAGCCCCAGUGGCAACUCGAUCACCUAUUCCUCCUCAUCCCCCGGCGGCUACACGGGACCCCCAGGAGGAGGUGGGCCCCCUGGAACACCCAUCAUGCCCAGCCCUGGAGACUCCACCACCUCCAGCGAGAACAUGUACACCAUCAUGAACCCCAUCGUGCCAGGCGCCGGCAGGGCUAGCUUCCCGCUCGGCGCCGGCCCGGAGGGCCCCGUGGCCACCAUGAGCGCGAUGGAGCCUCACCAUGUGAACGGAUCCUUGGGCUCGGGCGACAUGGACGGGUUGCCGAAGUACUCCCCAGGGAUGACUAUGAGCGUGUGAUGGGGCGGCAGCCCCUCCUUUGCGGGCCUCGGCUUUUGUCCCCAGGGCCUUUGCGCAAGGCAAGGGUCUGAGGUCACACCUUGGGCAAUUGGACUCCUGGCCAACCAAGGCUUGCGUGGCCAGAGGCCCCGCAGGAAGGACUUUCAUUUUAUAAAAACGCAAGGACCUCAGAGACGCUCUUAACGGUGUGCACCCUUCUCGCAAUUUCUAUUUGGCUGGGUGGGGGUGGGGGACCGGGACCCCUCUUCCCCAAACGGCAGGGGUGGGCCACAUCAAUAAAUGUAACUUGGUUUUGGUA